GCCCCAUUUCGAGGCCCGCUGGCCCUUCGGGAGAGGCGACGACGCUACUAGAUAGGGCGAAAACGUCAGCUGACCAGGGGGCUCGUUUUCCAACAUGGCCGCCUGGCAGGAGAUGCCGCUGUCAGGGAACAAGAGGAAAAAAGGCGGCGUGAUCGCGCUCUGGUCCUUGGGAACCUUGUGCUUGGCUUGUCUCGCGGCGCAGGGCGCGGCGGGCGGCGACCCUUCUCUGAAGUGCGAAGACCUGAGAGUCGGACAAUAUAUUUGUGAAGAUCCUAAAAUAGACAAUGAAACACAAGAACCUUUGAACUGUACAAAUCACACUGCAUAUGUCGGCUGUCUUCCAGCACCAAAUAUUACUUGCAAAAAUUUCUUUGGGAAUGAAACCCAAUUUACUGGAAAGGAAAUUGGAUUUUACAAGCCUAUAGAGUGUCGAAACGUAAAUGGUUACUCCUACAAAGUAGCGGUGGCUCUGUCUUUAUUUCUUGGAUGGCUGGGAGCAGAUAGGUUUUAUCUAGGGUAUCCUGCAUUAGGUUUAUUAAAGUUCUGCACAGUAGGAUUUUGUGGAAUCGGUAGUUUAAUAGACUUCAUUCUGAUUUCAAUGCAGAUCGUUGGACCUUCUGAUGGCUCUAGUUACAUCAUAGAUUAUUAUGGAGCAAGACUUACCAGACUGAGUAUUUCUAAUGAGACAUUCAGAAAACCACAGAUAUACCCUUAAACAUGCCAAGUUCAGCUGAACAAUAACUAAUGGAAGGGGUCUGCCUUCAAAGGACAUGAUUUGAUGGAAGCAUCUGUGUCAUCAGUUGUCUCGUCGUCUCUGCCCAUGCCAAAAAGCAGAAGACAGCUUCAUCAUACACAGGCCAUGGUUUUGACAAUAACCAUAGCCCCAACAAGAAUAGGACAGUGACUUUGCUUUUAAAUUAUUUUGUUAAAUAAGAAUAAACAAUGGACAUAAAUUAUGGAGAAUGCAUCAUGAAUUACUGCACAAUGGACUUAAUACAAAUUGCAUAAAAACUCUGAAAAGCGUAUGUGCGAACAUAAAAGUAAAGGCAGGAAGAAAUGACCUCAGAUUCAGCAUCCCUUUCCUGACUGCUCUUUAAAAGCAAGAGGAGAAGUCAAACAAAAAAAUGUUGUUUUACAGAUGUACCAAGUUCCAGCUCAUUCAUUCUCUCCCUCCCUUGCAUCAAGUACAUCCUGUACUUUUGGCAACAAGUUGACUGGAUAUUUAAAAGCUGCGAACUGCUCUGAAAGUUUCACAUAGUGGGUUAUGGGCCAUGUGUGUUUGAUCAAAAUUCAAUUACUGCACUGUGCCAGGCUUGGAAACCUAUCAUUGCAAGUUAUGAAGUAUGACGAAAUAAGCUACUCUAAUUGGUUCAGUAUGGGGAGCAGUCUCAACCAAGCUUGUUAUGAUAAAUAGCUUCCUGUGUUAAAGGUUCUCUGGAGCUUAAGUGUCUUGGCUCACCUCCUUCAACAGAAUAAGAAUAUUGUUCCCUAGGAACACUUACAUCACUGUCCCUCUCCCCAAUUCAGAGCUAAAUGUUUGUAGCAUUUUCAUCUUGCUGUUCGUGAGGAAUAUAAACAAUGGUCAUUGCUGUCA